AUGUCCGCCUCAUUGGAGGCCCCGGUCCUGCGGCGAAAGCGAGUGGUGAAGGCGUGCGACACGUGCCGGGGCAUGAAGUCCAAGUGCGACGGGAAGCAUCCCUGCGGCCGGUGUGAGGGCUUUGGCUACCAAUGCGCUUACUCGAAAACGGAUCGGAGAAAACACAAGUCACAUCUUCGAGGGCAUGAGCCACUGCCGGGCUUGGACGCACCGCCUCAGCACCACACCACCCAGCAAAUACUGAUGGUCAAGGACACCAUAUGCGAACUAGAGGAUGCAAUUGCCGGCUAUGGGAAGCUCAUUCAGGACACUGUGCCAAAUCUUGCGGAGCCCGGCCGAAGCGAGCUGCUGAGCAAGCUUGCACCCGUCCAGGACCGCGUCGAGCAGGCGCUCGCCCGGGUGACCCGGGUCCACUCCGCAGAAACGGUUUCCCCUGGCAGACCAGUGUGGCCCAUAUCCAUCCCGCCGUCGCGCGGAUCCUCGAACUCUCAGAGAUAUCUCGGAGAGGUUAGCGACGUGCGCUUCUUCAACCUCGUCAAGACGGUUCUACAGAAGAACCUUCCUGAGCGAGUCGACGACGGCAUCGAUAGCUACGAACAAGACGAUCCUGUCUCCGACGGUCCUACCCCCAACGACAUGGAGUUGCCGAGCCCGGAAUUGGCGGAUCUGUAUCUGGAAAUCUACUUUUCAACCAUUCACAUCGCCUACCCUUUCAUCCCAAGACGGGCUUUCACCGAGUCUUGGGUUAAAUUCCGCGACUCGGGGGCAUCGGAGGAUAUCGACAACUACUGUCUUGUGUUGACAAAGGGAGCAGAUAUGCUCUUCGCCAUCGGCGCCUACUACCGGUCGUUUCCCGACAACCAGAGCAAGGGGGACCACGAGCGGUACUUUUUCUCGGCUCUGACUUUGUCCAACAGGGAAUGCACGGAGAGAUCUGCCAACUUUGUGAUUUUUUUGCUGACUCAGUGCUUCUACCUUCUGGCCGUGUGCCGAACAGAUAGGUGCUGGAACACGCUCGGCCAUGCUGUCCGUGUUGCACAAAGCAUUGGGUUGCACGUUGAGAUGGACCCGUCCAAGGUGCAUAGGGGCAAAGCCUUGGGGAAGGCCGAGAUGAGGCGCAGACUGUGGUACUCGCUCUACGUCCUCGACCGACUCCUCUCGUUGCAGCUCGGCCGGCCUCCCGCUAUCCACGACGACGACUGCCACCUCUCGCUGCCGGCAGAGAGACAUGAAGAAGAAGAGGAUGACGAGAACGGCCAUACCCAUGUCCAACUCUUGGCCGCCGAUGCACUGUCGACGGGAAGUUACUUCUUGGCCGUGAUUGCUUUAUCACGCAUCAUUGGCUACGUCCUGCGGGGCCUGUACAGUCCACACCAAAGGGGAAGGGCUGAAGAGGGGCUGCAUAACACCAAGGCGAUGGACGCGCAGCUGCUGGACUGGAAGAGGAACCUGCCGCGGACGCUGCGGUUCGACUUCGGCCACGCCUUCGAGACGUCGGCGGUGUUCAAGAGACAGCGAAAUAUGCUGGCUAUCAAGUUCCACCACCUUCGCGCCCUCAUCCACCGGCCCUACCUCUGCCUGCCGUCCCUCCGCCACCCAGACGAGCCAACGUCCGCCGCCCCGCCGCCAGGCAACCUUGAAAGCUUCACGAUUGCCCAGUACGAGAAGACGUGCAUCUUCGAGGCCCAGAAGACGGCUCAGCUGCUGCACAAGGUAAGCGACAAGAAGGAGCUGGUGCACGACUUCCCCUGGUGGCAGAUGAUCUCGUGCCUCAUCUGCGCGAGCUCUAUCCUCGUGGUGGCGGGCAUGUUCGCGCAACGCGGAGAGGACGACGUGGACGUGGCGGCGCUGAACAACGAUGCCGAGACGUGCAUGAGGGUCUUUGAGGCGCUGAGUGCCCAGUCGGAGGGCGCCAGGAUAGCCAGGGACAUGAUGUCGAGGCUCCGGGAGCGUGGCGAGAAAUGGAGUUCCAUGGAGCGUGAUUCGCAGGGUCAGGUCCCGAAUGACAAUGUUUCUAUGGGUGCACCGGAGGAAAUCCACAUGCCCGUGCCCGUCGGCCCGGGCACCGAUCAGGCUCCGUUCCUUGAACAGUGUGCUCCUUCGCCUGGGGCGUUCGGAAACUUUCUCCCUGAUGCUCAGGAGUGGCCAUCUGAAAUUUUCGAUUCCAUGGCCUGGUCGGCCCAAUUCUUCGGUACAGCAGCCGCGGAGUCGCUUGAUCUGAUGUAA